AUGGCAUAUUUUUUAUAUUUAUGUCCCUUUGUUGUUGUCGUGUGCGCCCAGUUAUCCUACGCUUCGCACCACGGUUUUGAUGGCGGGGACCAUCAUACAGUUGAGACACAUUCAGAGUCGUCCAAACAUGUACCCAUCAAAGUGAUCGAGAAGGUGCCUCUACCCAUACCCCACCCAGUGCCCGUGAAGGUGCCCCAUAUGAUAAAAAUCCAAAUUCCGGAGCCCUAUGCAGUGCAUCAGCCAGUUGAACAGGAAAUCCAAGUGCCCCAUUAUAAAAUUGUGCCCGAUGUUACCAUAAAACGUAUACCCUACACAGUGGAUAAGCCCUACCCGGUAGAGGUGGAGCGUCACUACCCAGUUGAAGUAGUCAAAGAAAUUAAAAUUCCCGUACCUAAACCAUAUUCGGUGCCGAUAAUUAUUUACAAGCAUGUGGUGCAGGAAGAACAUCACUAGGCUUAAAUUGAGAGAGAAGAAAGCAAAUUAGA